AUGCCCAAGCGCCGAGCAGUCGACACGGGGCCGUUCCCGCCACCAUUGCGACGCGCCGGCGACGAACUUGUCCUCGACCCAACGUGUCCUCGGCAGACGCUUGCGUCGUGGCGAGCUGACAUGGACCGCAACAAAGUCACGGCGGCACGGCGCACGAUCUACCUCGUGCCGCCUGCUAUUUUGGACGCGCCACCGACGUCGUUUCCAUCGGCCCUCUACACAUCGCGAUCGCCCAUGCCCAGCAGCGCUGUCGAUCGUCUCGAGGACUAUGUGCGCGCAUUUUACACCAACAUGCUUGUCAAAACGCUGGCCGCCCCGGCCCUGACAAGCUGGGACAAUGGCCGCCGGUACGUGGGGCUGAUCCCGCGCCCGGGCCAGAGUGAUAGCGCUGUGCGCAUUCGCACACGUAAGGCGCCGGACGGUAUAUUUCCGCAUCAGCUCCACCUCGAUGACCUCCUCGACGCGCUCCUCGACGACGUGGUGCCAGACGACGCCUAUGCGGUGCUCUGGCUCGUCGAACACGACCUCUACGAAGGGCCCGAUGAUGUGUUUACAUGUGGCAGAGCGUACGGCGGCAGUCGCGUCGCGCUCGUCUCGAGUGCCCGCUACGACCCGCGCUUGGACAGCACGGUCGAUGGCUUGGAUGCCAACGAUGCGUGGCCGCUGGGCCAUGCCACGUGUAGUCCGGCGAUCCAAGCAGCGGCAAUAGCUUAUGUGAACGCGGCUCGUCAUGCCGAGGGUGCCGACAUCUGGAUCGAUCGGCUCUGUCGCACGGUGACGCACGAGCUUGGCCACUGCUUUGGCAUCGAGCACUGCGUCGACUUUGCGUGCUGCAUGCAAGGCAGCGCGUCGAUUGCAGAAGACUACCGACAACCGCCGUACGUCUGUCCCCUUGACGCGGAAAAGAUCCUCGAAGCAACGUCGUCGACAAUCGAAGCGCGCGACGCGGCGCUUCGCACGUGCUGCCGCAAGUACCCCACGAGCCCGCUCCUGUCGGCGCUCGCCGCGUGGACGGAAAUAGCGACCACGACAAUCUCCCGUGGGACCAAGCGGUCUCGAGGCAUGGCACACAAAGAAGCCAGUCGAUAG